AUGAAUCUAUUCAUUUUUACAUUAUCAUUGUGCAUUUUAUUUAUUUAUUCCUGUAAUGCUACGUAUUUCGCAGUAUUUCUUACUGGAGAUACGACAAACUUGCUAAAAAACAAAUUCUUUCGUCCUCAUCCACAAUCUUCUCCAUUCUUCGGCAACACUGCUCAUAUUUAUUCCGAACACAGCACCAUCGAGUUCAAUCCAAAGUCUGAUUUCGUCAAACAACUCACAGAACAUUACGGACACAUACAAAAACUAGCUGUCCUAGCAUAUGCUGAAGAUGAACACGCACAAACCGUCUUAGUUCGCUACAUUGGCAACGAUGAUAUUCAUCUGUCUGAUAAUGAAUAUCCUCACAUAACAAUUAGUGUUAGUAAUAUGAAACCUUACACACCAGUGUAUUCGAAUGAUCUGUGGAAAAGACUGGUGGACGAUGGAAUCAUAAAAGUACAGAAAGAUAAUAAUGACAAACCACAAGCAAUUGCAUUGAAAGAUCAAACGGAUGAAUGGCAAGGAAGAUUGAGCAGUGCUGGCAAAUACGAAGAAACACAAGCGUAUGUCAGAAUUAUGAACCAAACGACCGAAUUGAACGGAAUUGUUUAUGCGAAAUACUUAUUAAAAAACAUGUUUUUCCGUCCUCAUCCACAAUCGUCCGCAUUCUUCGGCAACACUGCUCAUAUUUAUUGCGAACACAGCACCAUCGAGUUUAAUCCAAAACGUGGUCCCAUCGAGGAAAUCAGAAAGUACUAUGGAUAUACACAAAAACUAGCUGUUCUAGCAUAUGCUGAAGAUGAACACGCACAAACCAUCUUAGUUCGCGGUAUUGGCCACAGUGGCAUUCAUGCAUCUUAUAACAAAUACCCUCACAUAACAAUCAGUAUUAGCAAUGUGAAACCUUACACACCGGUGUAUUCGAAUGAUCUAUGGAAAAGACUGGUCCACGACGGAAUAGUAAAAGUGCACAAGAGCAAAAAUGGUAAACCACGGAGUGUUACCAUUAAAAAUCGAACUGAUGAGUGGCAAGGUAAAUUGUCGAGUUAUGGCCAGUAUGAAGAAACAGAAGCUCGUGUAGAAACUAUCGAUGAAAGGAUCGAAUUGAAUGGGAUUGUUUGUGUAGAUAAUUUAUGGCGAAACGGUAGAUGUCAUACAGCUAAAUAA